UUUCCACCUUGAAGCUAGAAAGGCAGGCCUAAAGUGAGUAGGAGCAUUCUGAGAAAUGGAAACUUAAAAAAGGCGGCAACCUUCUAGUUUCAUUCUCAGAAAUACCAAAACAGCCUUUUUCCUGUGCUUGUUUUUCUGCAGAGAGCUCAGAUUUGAGAGCCAUUUCUAGCCUUUGAGGGUUACCACUGUCUUCAGCCAAACUGCAGGGACUCCUAAGUGUAUCAGAACUCCUGGAACUUUCUCAUCUUUUCAGCAUCUCAACCCUGUGGAAUCUUUUAAUUCUCAAGUGCCACCAGGACAUUUGCGAUGUACUCUGGAAUCCCUCUGGAAGGAGCUGUCCUCACGGCAUGAAGGAUUAGAGGAGUUAAUAAAUAAGCAAACACAACCUUUCUCCUGGGAAAUUGUGAUCCUCUCUAGAAGCUGGGCUGUGGACCUGAAUUUGCAGGAGAAGCCAGGAGUCAUCUGUGAUGCUCUGUUGAUAGCACAGAACAGCCCUGGCAGGGCCAGGACUACUGCACUUGCACUGCUCUUACUUUGAAGCAGAACCUGGUGAACGUGGGGGACUACACCAGGAAGGUGUGUGUCAGGGCCAAAAUCCUCUGCCUGAGUCCUGAGAGCAGCACAGAGGCCUUGGAGGCUGCAGUGUCUGUGAUGGAUUACCCCGCGUCCUAUAGCCUUGCAGGCACCCAGCACAUGGAAGCCCUGCUGCAGUCCCUCGUGAUUGUCUUGCUUGGCUUCAGGUCUCUCUUGAGUGACCAGCUCGGCUGUGAGGUUUUAAAUCUGCUCACAGCCCAGCAGUAUGAGAUAUUCUCCAGAAGCCUCCGCAAGAACAGAGAAUUGUUUGUCCACGGCUUACCUGGCUCAGGGAAGACCAUCAUGGCCAUGAAGAUCAUGGAGAAGAUCAGGAAUGUGUUUCACUGUGAGGCAGAGAGAAUUCUCUACGUUUGUGAAAGUCAGUCUCUGAGGAACUUCAUCAGGUGCAAGUUCAACAUGGAGGCAAAUCACUGCUCCCUGGGUGUGGAUCUAUCUUACCCAGACCUGGUCAUCGAUGUUGGAGAAGUGACUCUUGGAGAAGAAAACAGAAAAAAGUUGCAGAAAACUCAGAGAAACCAAGAGAAGGCGAGAGUUAUACGGGCUGCGUGUGCUCUAUUAAACUCAGGAGGAGGAGUGAUUCGGAUGGAAAUGGCCAACAAGGAUGAGCGUCCCAUAGAGAUGGGACUGGAUUUAGAAGAAUCCUUGAGAAAUCUUAUUCAGGAUCAAUGUUUGCAGGCUUUCUUUGAGACUAAGCAACAAGGAAGGUGUUUUUACAUUUUUGUUAAAUCUUGGAGCGGUGACCCUGUCCCUAAACAUGGUUCCUUCAAUUCCCGCAUUUGCAGCCUUAGCACUUCAUUAUACUGUAGAUCUGGCACCUCUGUGCUUCCCAUGAGUUCAAGACAGGCAUUCGGUUUCCUGAAGACCAAAGAAAGACAGUCCAAAUAUGAUCUGAUUAAUGAAGGGUCUCCACCUAGGAAAAUUACGAAAGCUGUAUACCAGAACGUAUCUGACUCAAAUCCUGCAUAUAAAGUUUUCCAAAACGACACUAUUGAAUAUGGUGAAAUCCUAUCUUUUCCUGAGUCUCCAUCCAUCGAGUUUAAACAGUUCUCUACAGAAUACAUCCAACAAUAUGUAGAAAAUAUAAUUCCAGAGUACAUCUCUGCAUUUGCAAACACUGAGGGAGGCUAUCUUUUUAUUGGAGUGGAUGAUAAGAGUAGGAAAGUCCUGGGAUGUGCCAAAAACAAAGUUGACCCUAACUCUUUGAAAAAUGUAAUUGCAAGAGCAAUUUCUAAGUUGCCCAUUGUCCAUUUUUGCUCUUCCAAACCUCCGGUAGAGUGCAGCACCAAAAUCAUAGAAGUGUUUCGCGGGAAAGAGUUGUAUGGUUAUCUCUGUGUGAUUAAAGUGAAGGCAUUCUGUUGUGUGGUGUUCUCGGAAGCUCCCAGGUCAUGGAUGGUGAAACAGAAGUAUGUCUGUCCCCUGACAGUUGAGGAAUGGUUAAAGAAAAUGAUGGACGCAGAUCCAGAGUUUCCUCCAGACUUUACUGAGGCCUUUGAGUCUCAGUUGAGUCUAUCUGACAGUCCUUCACUUUGCAGACCAGUGUAUUCUAAGAAAGGUCUGGAACACAAAGCAGAUCUACAACGACAUUUAUUUCCAGUCUCACCAGGACAUUUGCGAUAUACUCCAGAGUCCCUCUGGAAGGAGCUGUCCUCACAGCAUGAAGGACUAGAGGAGUUAAUAAACAAGCAAGUGCAACUUUUCUCCCAGGGAAUUGUGAUCCUCUCUAGAAGCUGGGCUGUGGACCUGAACUUGCAGGAGAAGCCAGGAGUCAUCUGUGAUGCACUGCUGAUAGCAAAGAACAGCACCCCCAUUCUCUAUACCAUUCUCAGGGAGCAAGAUGCAGAGGGCCAGGACUACUGCACUCGCACCGCCUUUACUUUGAAGCAGAGCCUGGUGAACGUGGGGGGCUACACCAGGAAGGUGUGUGUCAGGGCCAAGGUCCUCUGCCUGAGUCCUGAGAGCAGCACAGAGGCCUUGGAGGCUGCAGUGUCUGUGAUGGAUUACCCCGCGUCCUAUAGCCUUGCAGGCACCCAGCACGUGGAAGCCCUGCUGCAGUCCCUCGUGAUUGUCUUGCUCGGCUUCAGGUCUCUCUUGAGUGACCAGCUCAGCUGUGAGGUUUUAAAUCUGCUCACAGCCCAGCAGUAUGAGAUAUUCUCCAAAAACCUCCGCAAGAACAGAGAAUUGUUUGUCCACGGCUUACCUGGCUCAGGGAAGACCAUCAUGGCCAUGAAGAUCAUGGAGAAGAUCAGGAAUGUGUUUCACUGUGAGGCGGAGACAAUUCUCUAUGUUUGUGAAAACCAGCCUCUGAGGAACUUUAUCAGUGAUAAAAAUAUCUGCCAAGCAGAGACCCGGAAAACUUUCAUGAGAGAAUACUUUGAUCACAUUCAACACAUCAUCAUUGACGAAGCUCAGAAUUUCCGUACUGAAGAUGGGGACUGGUAUGGGAAGGCAAAAACCAUCACUCAGAGAGAAAAAGAUUGUCCAGGAAUUCUCUGGAUCUUUCUGGACUACUUUCAGACCAGCCACUUAACUCGUAGUGGCCUUCCCCUUCUCUCAGCACAGUAUCCAAGGGAAGAGCUCACCAGAGUAGUCCGCAAUGCAGAUGAAAUAGCCGAGUACAUACAAAAAAAAAUGCAACGAAUCAUAGAAAAUCCUUCAGUUAAUAUCCCCCAUGAGUAUCUGGCAAUUCUUGGUGAAACUAAAUGGGCUCCAGGUGUUUCAGGCAGCAAAAUGAUUAUUGAAAACUGGACUGUGGAGCAAAUAGUGACCUAUGUGGCAGACACCUGCAGGUUCUUCUUUGAAAGGGGCUAUUCUCCUAAGGAUGUUGCUGUGCUUGUCAGCACCACGAGAGAAGUGGGGCGCUAUCGGUAUGAGCUCUUGAAAGCACUGAGGAAGAAAAGGAUUGUGCAUCUCAGUGAUGCGUCUGAUAUGUUGGGUGAUCACAUUGUUUUGGACAGUGUCCGGCGAUUCUCAGGCCUGGAAAGGAACAUAGUGUUUGGGAUCCAUCCAAGGACAACUGACCCAGCUAUCUUACCCAAUAUUCUGAUCUGUCUGGCUUCCAGGGCAAAACAACACCUAUAUAUUUUUCUGUGAAGUGACUAUUACGAAGAACUCCAAACCAAAAUGCUAUGUACAUGUCUAUGGGUGACAGUCUGCUGAUGGUAGAAACCUUUCUUUUUAGUUCACAAGUCGGUUAGAGAUUUGGACAGAGCUGACACAAAGAGUUUGGAGCUCCCCCAUUUCUGGCUCUCCUUUCAGAGAUUCCUUCCCCAGCUCUUUUCACCAGCGGUGGUUGCCCCCCAUUCUGACCCCUGACUCUUCCAGUCAGAAAGAUGGUGGUUUUCUAAAGGAACUUUAGCUGUCCUGCACAAUGCAGAUCUGUGUCUUGCACUCUGGGUAAAAGCCAUAAAAAUAAGAAACUCAGCCUGUGACCUUUCCUCCAAGGCUGGAGUUCUUUUUUUUAUGUGACUUCAUGUAGUUUGUUGCUUUUAAAAAUUUGUCCAGAAUCAUUUUCUGCAGAAGCAUGGUCUGUUAGUAGCUUACAGGCCUAGCAGAAGUAAUUGUUUCCUGAAUUCUUGACAUUCAUCUUUGCUGUAUUCAUUUAGGGCUUGGGAGAGUCCCAAGAUAAUUCAGUCACUGUCAGAUUAAUAAUUUUGUCAGAACAAAGAAUAGCAUUAUGAUUACUUAAUCCUUAAAAUUGUGAUCUCCAGAGCUUGUUCUCAGAAUGACCCAGACCAAGGCUUAAUUGUAAUAGUGAACAUUAAUGGUACCUUUACAGAGAAAUUAUAGGCCAAGAGAAAAUCCUGGCUUUUAGUAGAAGUUAAUAUUAGAGACCAAAAUCUGGUUCUGAAGGUGUAUAUCAGCCCUAAGGUGAACGAACUUGGGAAAGAUUGUCUUUAAAAAUCAAUGAGUGUUGGCCGGGCACAGUGGCUUACACCUGUAAUCCCAGCACUUUGGGUGGCUGAGGCAGGUGGAUCACCUGAGGUUAGGUAUUCAAGACCAGCCUGGCCAACAUGGAGAAACCUUGUCUCUACUAAAAAUACAAAAAGUAGCUGGGCAUGGUGGUGCAUGCCUAUAUCGGGAUGCUGAAGCUACUCGGGAGGCUGAAGCAUGAGAAUCACUUGAAUCUUGGAGGCAGAGGUUGCAAUGAGCUGAGAUCAUGACACUGCACUCCAGCCGGGGCAACAGAGUGAGACUCUGUCUCAAAAAGAAGAAGAAAAAAAGCAGUGAGUUUAUGUUGUUACGUUGUAACAUCUCAGCUUAGCUCUAUGCAUUAAUCUAUAGCAUACCUACUUAAGUUUUAUGUCAUUCUUGAACUGUGAUUUUUUUUUUCUAUCUGCUUUCAUAGUUUGGAGGGCCACUGUUAUGGACUGAAUGUUUGUGUCCCACUCUCACCCCUAAAUUCCCAUGUUGAAGCCCCAACCUUCAGUGUGUAGCUGGGGCUGCUAAGGAAGUAAUUAAGGUUACACAUAGUCACAGUGGAGAAUCUGAUCUGCCAAGAUUGGUGUCCUUAUAGGGAGAGACCCCAGAGAACUUGUUCCCUUCCUCCCUGUGCACACAGACAAGAGGGCAUGGGAGCACACAGAGAGAUGGCAGCCACCUGCAAGCUAGGAGGGGAAGCCUCAUAAUGAACCACCCCCCACUGGCACCACUGUCUUGGACUUCCAGCCUCCAGACUGUGAGAAAUAAAUUUCUGUUGGUUCAGCUGCCCAGUCUGUAGUGUUUUGUUAUUGCAGCCCGAGAACACAGCUGUGUGAUCAUUCAUCAAACUAAAAACACUGAUACUUAACAAUGCUAAUGCAAUUACUUAUUUGCUUUUCAGUCUCUACAAAACAUUCUAAAACACUAAUCUAAAUACUAACAAUAAAAUAUUGGCAUAACUAAUGAAAAUUAAGAAACUACAUGCCCAGUAUUCCAUUUAUGAGUAAUCCUAUUUGACUGAUUUCCCUCCAUAUUAUAAGUUUUGAACUCUUCUGCCGGUCUUCCUCUUAUUUGUGUUAACUCAUGGAAUUGCGGUUAUCUAGCCUUGAAAUUGUAGGCUCUUCUAACUUGAGCAAAAACUGACAGAUCAGCAAAAUAAGGAGAAAAAUAUUUCUUUCUUCUGGUUGCAUUAAAUGAGAUAUAGCCCAGCACCAAAACUCUAUCUUUGUAAAUGUUCUUAGUAAACUCCCUGGUCUUUGGAGUUAUUUCAGCCUUUGAGAGUAAUUCUUUAAAAGUCUAAUUCUGACUGGUUGAGUCUCUCUAUAUGAUUUAUUGGCCUAGUAAUAUUUGAAACAGUAUCAUAUUUUAAAAUGUAUAAACACUUACGAAUUUUUGUUUAGACCAAAGAGGAUUACUAUGCUUUCUUUUUUCAUAUUAAUGAGGAAAUGUUUAGCUUAUAUGUUUAUUACAUUUCUGUUUUAUUACAUUUCUGUUUUAAAUAAAAAAUUGAGAGUUUGUGUCUCAUUAAAAUAAAAAAAAAAAAAGGUUCUGUAAAAUAAAUGAUUAAAUGGAAGAAAAGGAGAAGACUGAGGCCAGCAACUCCAUGACACAGCCAAAAAUGAGCCAGUAAAAGGUUAAGCAAGAUUAACUUUAAUUUUUGUUUUGAAGAGAAAAGGUCUCACUAUGUUGCCCACGCUGGAGGGUAGUGGUGUGAUCAUAGUUCACUAUAGCCCUGAACUCCUGGGUUCAAGUGAUCCUCUUGCCUCAGCCUCCCAUUGCUGGGAUUAUAGGCAUGAGCCACUGUGUCAGGCUUAAUUGGGUUUUGAUGGGUGCCUGCCUAUCUCUGUAAUCUGGCUCUAAUCAUAUAGGACCUGCUUCAUUAAAGAUCUGAAAAUCUACCCAGCCAUUGUAAAAUGAAACAAAAUGCUUUUAAAAUUUAAAUUAGCCUUUUAUUUUAGUUUAGAAGAACAGAAAAGUUGCAAGCAUAGUACAGAAAGUUCCUGUAUACCCUCACUUAGCUCCCUCCUUUUUAAAACAAACAAACAAACAAACAAACAAACAAACACACAAACCUAGAUUAUUUCCAUUAAGAUUUCUGAGAAUUCCAGGAAUGCUUCCGUGUUUCACAGAUCUGUCCUUGUAGUCUCCGGCCACUUCUUGCUAUGGAGUGCUGUACCAAGACCUCUGCUAGUUUCUAGUUGGCUUGACAUAAUGACUUUACUAAACUUCUUCUGCUCCUCUGAAUCUCAAGCGUGGAAAGAGGUCACAUCUUUUGUUUCACAAAUUAACAGUCAACACCUGGGCCUACUUUCAACAAAGCUUAGUAAAGCCUUGAGAAUAGUGAAAGACAAAUAUUUGAAUUAUAUAUUAGCAGGAGGCUGAGGUGGGAGGAUCAUAUGAGGCCAGCCUGGGCAGCAUAGCGUGACCGCCCCCCAACCCCGCUACUCCAGAAGACAACAACAAAAAAUUAUCUGGGUGUGGUGGUGUGCUCCUGCAGUCCUAGCUAUUCCAGAGGCUGAGGCGAGAGGAUCGCUUGAUUCCUGGAGUUCAAGGUUGUAGUGAGCGAUAAUCAUGGCACUGCAUCCUAGCCUGGGCAUUAGAGUAAGACCCCAUCUCUAACAAAAUAAUAAAACAAUCAAAAGUUUAAAAUUGGGUAUUAGAUGCCAGUGUGCCCAGAGGCCUUUGACCACAGAUGAUCUUGAUGCAGCCUUCUCUCGCCUUGUCCCUGUGCCUCUUUCUACCAUUUUUCUUCCUGAGAUAUUUGAAAGUAAGUAGUGGACAGGGCUCCCAUUGACCUCUAAAUACUUCAGUGGGUAUUUCCUAGAAGGAUAUUUAUAGUACCAUCAUCAAAAUCAGUAAAUUAACACUAUUAUCUAAUCUAUAGACCUUAUUGAAUUAUAUCAGUUGUGCCACAAGUGUCUUUACGGCACAAGAGAAAAAACUCUGGUCCAGGAUUUGAUCUAAGAUGAUGCGUUGUAUUGAGCAUUUAUUUAAGUCUCAUUUAAUCUGGAGAUGCUAAUCGGUCUUUGUCAUAUCCUUGACACUAUUGAAGAGAACUGGCCUAUUAUUUUGCAGAGUAUCUGAUUUUGGGUCAUUUCAUGUGUUCUCAUGAUUAGAUUCAGGUUAUGCAUUUUUGGUACGAAUACCAUGGAAGGGCUGUUACGGUUCUCAGUCCAUGGUAUUAGAAGCCAUUCGAUAGUGAUUAGUUCCAUUCCUGAUGAUGCUAAUUCCGAUCAUUUGGAUAAGGUAGCAUCUGCCAGGUUUCCCUACUGUGCAGUUACAAUUUGCUUUUUGUAAUUAAUAACUUGUGUGUGUGUGUGUGUGUGUGUGUGUGUGUGUAUGUCUGUGGGGUGUUUUCGCUUCUGAAUGCAUAAUAUUUGAGAUUUUUUUCUAAUUAAAGAGUAAUUAUUCAAAGAGUUCAAAGAACUGAUACUGAUCACAUUCUUUGACCCCACAUGCAAAUACAUUAGAAGCUAGUAAUAAAACAGUAACCAGAAAAAUGUUCAUAUCUUUUGGAAUUAAAAAAGUGUUUAACUCACGGAUCAAAGCAGAAAUUCUGUAACCAUUGUCACAGUGAGUUCUAACUAGCAAGUUUAAGGAGGAGAGAAUUUCAGUCUCACUUAAAUGUUUUCCUAGAAAGAGGAAACAGUUCCUAACUAAUUUCAUGAGGCUGGCAUAAUCUUGAUAACAAGUCUGGUAGGUAAAGUAUGAAAGGAAAAUUGCAGGUCAUUGUCACUCAAAUAUCUACAUGAAAAAUUCUAAACAAAGUUUUAGUAAAGGAAAUCCAACAAUAUGUAAAAAUGAUAAUACGUCAUGACCAAGGUGGUUUAAGUCAGGAAUUCAAUGUUGAUUUUGGCAUUAAAAAAUCAAUCAUCAGGCCCAGAGAGGUGGCUCACUCCUGUAAUCCCAGACUUUCUGGAGACUGAAGGAGGAAAGAUCCUUCAGGCCAGGAGUUUGAGUCUGAACUGAGCUAUGACUGCAUCACCGCACUCCAGCCUGGGUGCCAGAUUGACACCCUGUCUCAAAGAAAAAAAAAAUUAAUCAGUGCUAUUCACCACAGAUUAAGAGUUCAAAAGAGAAAAAUCGCAUGAUCAUCUGAAUAGAUGAAAAAACUUUUGAUAAAGUUCAGCAUCCAUUCAUGAUAAAGACUCAGCAAAUUAGAAGUAUAAAACACUUUUGGAAAUCAACAAAGGGAAUUUAUGGCAUAAACAAACAGCAGGCCAGCAUGGUGGCUCACACCUGUAAUCUCAGCACUUCCAGAGGCCAAGGCAGGAGAAUCACCUGAGCCCAGGGGUUAGAGAUAAGCCUUGGCAACAUAGCAAGAUCCUGGCUCUACAAAAAAUAAAAUAAAAUAAAAUAAAAUUUAAAAAUUAGCUGGGUUUGGUGGUGUGUGCCUGUAGUCCCAGCAAUUGGGAGGCUGAGGUAAGAGGAUCACUGGAACCCAGGGGGUUAAGGCUGCAGUAGGUUAAAAAAACCCAACCCCCCUGCCAAAAAAAAAAAAAAAAACUAUAAAGAAUAGCAACACAACGUUCAAUAUAAACUUUGAUAUGGUGUUUUACCUCUGAGGAGAGGCUUAUUGUUAAUAUUCUUUAGCCACGUAAGGGGUUGACAGGCGUUCAUACUUUUGUUCUUUAUACCUUAUACGUAUUCUAUAAAUAUUAUCUUGUUUCUACUCAAUAGUUAAUAAAAACAUAAUUUAAAAGUUC